AUUGAUGGCUUCAUAGAGUCAUUUUUUCACACUGGUGUAGUGGCCAUGGCUGAAUUCAAGCAUUUGGUGCUGGCCAAGUUCAAGGAAGAAGUGGCAGUGGAAGAAGUUUUGAAAGGGAUGGAGAAACUAGUCUCAGAAAUGGACAUUGUCAAGUCCCUUGUAUGGGGACAGGACAUUGAAAGCCAUGAGAUGCUGAGACAAGGUUUCACCCAUGCUUUCUUGAUGACAUUUAGUAGCAAAGAUGAUUUCACUACUUUUGCUAGCCAUCCAAAUCAUGUUGAAUUUUCAUCUACAUUUUCAGCUGCAAUUGAAAAGGCUGUUCUUCUUGAUUUCCCAGUUGUUACUGUCAAGACUUCUCCUGCUUAAUUUAUGAUCACAAAAGAUCAUAGAUUAUCCAAUAAAUUAUAAGUUGUAUUAGCAGUGUAUUUGUAUGUUUUGGUGUGUCUUCAUUGUUGGGAGUGUGUACGCUUCCACCAUGUUUUUCUUGCAUUAACUAAUCGCAUGUUUACUUAUAUAGUUUGUGAUAUGUAAUAUGUUGUAUUUGCGAAGUAAUUCCAGUUACCUUUCCCUUGAAAUUUGAGACUUGUACGAAUAUUUGUAUGAUUGCCGAGCUAAUUUUCUUAAUGAAUGGAUAAAUAUAUACAUCCAUCUUUGUAAA